AUGGCAGCCAUCAAAGUGCCCGAGUUUCCGAAAGCAAAGCUGUCGAAUAUUCUCACCUAUAACAUCGCCAUCGUUUGCAUGUCAGCCAACUCGAGUUCCAAUCACGAUGUGCACACACGCAUUUUCACAAACGCAAUAGAUGCGUGGAAGGAGUAUAAUAGGGCAAUCGACGUUGGCCGUCGUCUCGUGGCCAUCGGCAACAUCAUAGCCGCCAUGCCGGUGAUCAUGCUCGUCAAUCGCUAUGGGACGAGGACCCACUCGAUCGCCGCCUUCUACAUUCUGCGAAUGAUCCAGGGAACCGCGUUGGCCUGUAAUUUCCCCGUAAUCGGCUAUUUCACAGAGCGAUGGACCUAUUUCAAACAGAAUGGGAUGUUCAUCCCGGUCCUGGUCACCUAUCUGCAACUUGCGCCCGCCUUCACGAAUCCUGUAUCUGAGCUCUAUGCAGUGCCGCAGGAUGGCCAAGUGUUUUCUACUUCCACGGCGGUCUCCUCGCUUGGUCUUUUCCUCAUCUAUGCGGUCGUUUUCCGAAAUAAUCCCGAGAAACACCCGUUUGUUGGAAACACCGAGAAGACGAAGAUCGCGAAAGGGAAAAUCACUGCUGAAAAGCCUCCCGUUCCCUAUUUGUCGAUCAUUAAAACGCCGGCGAUUUGGGGUGUCUGGAUCGCAGGAUUGGGCAAUUUCACUGUCAUCAAUCUAUUGUUCCUCUACACGCCCACCUAUUUGCAUAAAGUUGUCGGUUUCGGCGAGACGAGCACGGGUCUCACGUCGGCCAUUGUGCCGAUCGCUGAGGGAAUCGUCAAGAUCAUCAGUGGCGUUGUCUCGGAUAAACUCCCGAUCCGCGAAUCGAUCAAAGUUCGCCUAUUCAACACGAUCGCUUUCAUCGGGUCGGCCGUCUUUCGCUAUCAUCGCUUUCGCAAAAAUACACAAUGGAUUUGUCUCAAACAUUUUCGUCGUGAUUCUCGUCCGGUGAACCUUGCUGGUGGACAAAGCUCGUCACAAUCGACUGCUCCCGAAGAAGAUCCACUGCCGAUCUAUUUGAGAUUUGUCGGUUCACUGGCUGGGAAUCUUUUGCUGAAUCUGACAAGCGGCAAAUGGACGACGUCGAAUUGGAAUGGAAUUUUUCCAUUCGUUUGUCUCAGCCAGCCACAGGAUCCGAGCAAUCAGCCUCCGAUUUGCUCCCUCUAUUCACCAUGUCCAACGGAUUGGGUCUACUCUGAAAGACUCAAAUUUUGUUACAGGGUGGUUUUCAAUGUGGAUUUCACGACAGCCGAUCAGAAUUGCCGGCUGGAUGGGCUCACAAUUGGCGUCGAUACAUUCGGAAGAGGAAAACGAUUUUGUGAAUGG